GUUGCUUUGCAGGUCACGAAGAAGGACAUCGGAAGUAUGGAUGAAAUUCAUCAGAAGUGGAUGGAAAAGUCUUUUGAUUAUGCUGAAGAUGCUCUUAAGAGUAAGGAAGUGCCUGUAGGCUGUAUUCUUGUGUACAGAGGAGAGGAAGUCAUAGGUGUUGGUAGGAAUGAAGUGAAUGAGACAAAGAAUGCUUCACGACAUGCAGAAAUUGUUGCCAUUGAUCAGGUGUUGUCUUGGUGUGUCCAUCGUGAUAUGAAUCCCAAGGUGGUCUUCGGACAGAGUGUCCUUUAUGUGACUGUGGAGCCGUGUGUGAUGUGUGCCGGUGCGCUCAGACAAGUAGGGGUCCCCCUGGUGGUGUAUGGAUGUGCCAAUGACAGAUUUGGAGGAUGUGGCUCAGUUCUGUCUGUCAAUGAGGAUGAGUUACCUACCCUUGGGCCCAGCUUUCAGUGUAUCAGUGGAGUAAUGGGAGACAAAUCUGUCGUCAUGUUGAAAGACUUUUACAAAGGGGAAAACAGCAAUGCACCUGAUGGCAAGCGAAAGAUUAAAAACACAGAUUAACGAAAGUAAAACGCUGUUUUAAUUUUGUAUGAGAGAAAAGCAGUCUUCCAGCAAGUUAGUUUUGAGAUAUAUCGACUUUAGGGCACUUCUGUCUGUGUGAAAAAGCAUAAAUGCAUUAAAUAAGCUGUGCUGU